AACGAAAAAGAAACAUAUUUAACCUUACCUCACUUAUCUUUUACCCUAUUUUAAUCCGUACACCGAAAUCCAAUCCACAGUUUUCGCCCCCUUUUCUUCAUCCAUCUUAAAUACCCUCUCCUCUCUCCAAUCUCUCUCAUCAUUUUCUCUCCCACACCCACCCACCCAAACAAACCGUCGUCAUCAAUCAAAAUGGCCGGUUUCAUCUCAAAAUCCAAAACCCUCAUCCCCUCCAAACUCCCCAAUCCAUCCAAUUUCAUGGCGUCGUCACUCCGCUACCGCUCAUCACGCGCCGCCACCAAACCCCAGUUAUUGGAAAUCGACACAUCGUCCACAUCAUUAUCAUCGGAGGGUGAACACGAGAUGACACUGAAGCUGUUUGAUGAUUUGAUCCACCGAAUUCUGGUGAAAAAAGCUACGCCAGAUUGGUUGCCUUUUGUUCCUGGAUCUUCUUUUUGGGUCCCACCACGACCUACUCCGUCUAAUGUUGUUCAUUUGGUUCAUAAGCUUACUGAUGCGGAAAAGCAACAACCUUUUGUUAACGAUGAGUCGCUUUCGCUUUCUUCUCUUCGUGGUUGGCCUUCCUCCAAUUACUUCAUUAAAGGGAAUGUUCAUGGUGGGGAUAGUGGUGUGGAGUUGAAUAUCCCAGAAGGGAUGGAGGGACCAGUAAAAGUGAAGGUUAUGACGCUUCCAGAACAUUUAGCUCAUUCCGAAGACGAGGAUGAACCAUAACUUAGUUCAGCCAGUUGCUCUGGGCUUGAAUUCAUGACCUCCAUUUCCUUUAACUCUUAACUCAAAUAGUUCAAACCAGCUGAGCUAACCCUCCCAUCCCAUGCUAAACACUAAUUGUGUAGGAUUUUCAUGGUGCAGCCUAAGCUCAACUAGAAGUCCAAAACAAAGCGAGGAAACAUAAAACCACGCGGUUUGGAUUUUGAGAAGGGUAAUGCAAGCAAAUGGAGAUUUCCGCAGAUGUAGCACUGGUGAUGGUUCUGGAAUUAACCUUCUCACACUACAUGGUCUCAACUUUGAUCUGUCUGAUCAGUAUAUGUUGAUUAUUUAAAAUGUUGUUACUGUUGAAUCCUUGUAGAGUGUAAUGUAUGUAUUUAUUGAACUAAUAAAGUUAAAACUUCUUGGAGCAUUCCUUGGAACUAGCAGGCUCAGGCUCAGUUCAAUGCAUAUACUAUGUUGUACAUAUAUAUAUUAAUAAACAUUUCCUUUGAUUAUUA